AUGAUUCCGCUUUCACUAGUCUACGUUGGAGAGUAUCUGAUAAACCAAGGAGUGUCUCAACUAAUUAUUUUCAACUGCUCCGAAGGCUUUCAUCUUAACUACAACGCUCAAUAUCGGUGGUAUCAGGCAAGUGCUUCCGUGAAUUCGAUAAAAUAUGACAACAAAGACGAGAUGUUAUCAGGAAAACCUGGUUAUAUAGAAACUUCCGAAAAAGUACUUUACCAACUAGGAGUGUUUAUUUCGAGAUCAUCGGUGAAGGUCUUUGAGUUACCUACAUGGUCACUGUUUCUCCUCCCUGUGCUACAGGUUUCGCCAGAUGUUCGAGAAUUUUCGCUGUCAGUGGCUUCACUGGGCGAUUCAAUUGGUGUGAAUUUUGCUGGAUUCGUUGCCAUUCCGCUUCAUAAUUUUGUUUGCAAAAAACCAAUGCAUCGAUAUUAA